AAGAUGUCGGGCGGCGACGCGAAGAAGCUGGUGCGCUCCCCCAGCGGGCUGCGCAUGGUGCCCGAGCACCGCGCCGCCCGCAGCCCCUUCGGCCUGGACGAGCCGCCCUGGGUGCCCGACAAGGAGUGCCCGAGAUGUAUGCAGUGUGAUACAAAAUUUGACUUCAUAACUAGAAAGCAUCACUGCAGAAGGUGUGGGAAGUGUUUCUGUGACAAGUGCUGCAGUAAGAAAGUGCCUCUGCCUCGCAUGUGCUUCGUGGACCCCGUGCGGCAGUGCGCCGAGUGCGCCCUGGUGUCACAGAAGGAGACAGAGUUCUACGACAAACAGCUCAAAGUGCUCAUGAAUGGUGCUACAUUCUUUGUAACUCUGGGAACAUCUGAUAAAUCUGAGCUCAUGGUUUGUCGACUUUCCAACAACCAGAGAUACCUGGUUUUGGAUGGAGACAGCCAUUAUGAAAUUGAAAUUAUACAGAUUUCAACUGUUCAGAUACUUACAGAGGGAUUUACUCCUGGAGAAAAAGAUAUUCACACUUACACCAGCCUCCUGGAGAGCCAGCCUGUUACUGAAGGAGGCAACACUCGUGCCAUAGGAAUGAUCCUGCAGUACAAGGUACCGGGGUCGGAGGAGGUGAUGCAGAUGAAGUUUACUGCUGGUGAAGACUUCAGCUGUAACAAGAAGCUGUCAGCAGCCUGGCUGGCAGCUAUGCAUAAGGCAACAAAACUUCUCUAUGAGUCUCGGGACCAGUGAGAACUGCAGCUGUGGCCUCCUGAGGGCACCCACAGACACCAGCCUCCACAGACCUGCCUCUCACUUUGUGCUGAUUUGACAGCUGGAAAUAUUUGCUGUUCUUGACUCUCUCAUUCCAGCGUGGUUCAUUAUGUAAGAACUGGCAAAUGCAAUGUGAGUAUUUUUUGGAACCAUGAGUAUUCACGGUAGUGUGCAAUAUGUAUACAGUUAAUGCUUUAAACAGCCUCACCUUUUAAGACUUUGUAUAUUUUGUUAAGCCUUUACUGGCACUUAAUAUGAAAGUGACCUGCACUACAGCUAAUGUACAGCACAACUUUUAUAGUAACCAUUAUAUAUACUGUUUGCUACAGGAAGCAAACAAAUGUGUAUGUCUCUUCUGCAGAGAAUAGCUUUUGGGUAUAGAUCUCAGGUUUUUCCCUCUAUCCAAAUGUUUAAAAUCAAUGUACAAAAAAAAAAUCUGCCUUAGAUAUGAUUUUAUAGAAAUCACGUGAGUUUUUUUAAACAUUUAAUUUUAAACAUCUAAAUUUUUCACCGAAUACCACCAAAUUUGACUUGUAUGAACUUGACCGUGAAACUUCACUUCUGUAAUAAGCUUCCAGAAUAAUUUUUAGUUUUGUAUUUUCUUUUUUGGUAACGAGCUUUUGUUAAUCUAACUGUAAUGCUAUCUGAAAUUGUAUACAAUUUAAUGUACAAAUAUGAAUAAAUUAAUUCACUUAUUUAAAAAAAGAGGUGUUAUUUAAUUUUGUAAUAUACAACUUCUUUAAUAAUGGCCACCAUGGUCUCUGAACUGUGAAAUUUUUCACUUUUUCUAAAGAAAACACUAAUUUUAGUUCUAAGUUAACUUUUCCCAGUUGGAAUACUGGGAUACUAGUGUGUAAGCACAUCUUCAGUGAAGCUGAUAAAACAAGGAGGAAAGGUGGGUUGACAGCUGUAACCUUGGCAAGCUACAAUUAGUGUUUUCAUGCAGACUCUGACCAAAGCCACAUCUGCUGUCGAGACCUCUAUAAAGAGAGUGGAGAAUGCAGCCAUGCCUUAGCAGUACUUUAUUGUGCACAUUUACAUGUUCUCUGAAUUAGUGUAUCAUAGGCUCUUGAAAUCAUCACAUUCAUGUAGCAAAUUCUUCAACAAUAAUACCCUUUCACUUUUCACCACAAUAUAUACAGUUAAUGCUGACCUGUGGUAAAAGCAAGUUACAGCACUGCAGAAAUGGAUAUAUAAAUUAUACACAGAACUUGUACAUGAAGAGUUAAUCAAAUUGCAUACUGUUAAAUGGGAGAAAAUUACAAGAAAUAUGGCUAAAACUUAUA